AUGUCCCCGAUCAGUAACACCAUUGAAACCACCAGACAGUUGUCGAUGCCACAAGACAGUCGUCGGAACCACCGUAACGUUAUCAGAACCACAGUAAUAUUGUCGAAACCACCGGAUCAGCGCCUCUUCAUUCUUUCCGAAUCUUCUUGUCAUCAUGUCGCUUCACUUACCACCGUCGGAAACUGCCUCCUAUGCCUUUUCACUAAAAUUCAUCUCCUCCACCUCCCUCUAUGUGAACGAAGAAUAGAAGAAAGGAAGCAACGAAUCAGGAAGGGCUCUGAAAAGAUCAUUCACGUCCAAUACCAAUUCGUAAACCAAUUCUGA